AUGGCCGAACCAACGCCAGACGAGAUAGCAUCCCAAGUCACGCAGGAACUGGGGCAGACCGCAUUCGCUUGCACAUCGCUUACUCCGCUCUCCGGCGGUAACGCGAACUUUAUAUUUAGGGGCAAGCUACAGAAACCUCUAGAUGACGGAACAGCCGAGAUUGCCAUUAAACACGGGGAGGGCUUCGUUGCCCUAUCCCCAGGACUGAAGCUCUCAACUUCCCGUUGCAUCCUCGAGGAGAAGUGUCUUCAGGCGCUGCAGAAGCUGGCCCCAAUGACGAGCCAGUCGUACAGCAUUCGAACGCCCCAUCUGUUCCAUUUCAAUCCGGAUUCGAGCACCCAGAUCCAGGAGUAUCUGCCCAGCUCUCUUAACCUCAAACACUAUGCGUUGAAGCGCUUGCUGCCCUCCACGCCUGAGAACCUGCGGCCCAAGGUCCUCGAAUUAGGGCAAGGCCUUGGUAGAUGGCUGCGUAGCUUCCAUGAGUGGUCUAGUCAUCCAGAGCAGGAGGCGUUGCGAGAAACGGCCAAGACAAACAAGGAGCUACAGACAAUUAAGUUCACCUACAACUAUGAAAGUCUCUUCUGGCAGUCCGAUGAUUUCCCGUUCCUCAAGGAGUCCGAAAAUGUGUUCAAGGAAGUCAUCGCAAACGCGAAGCUAGAGCUGGAAGACGAGAGCAAGCUGCACGUCAUCCAUGGAGACUUCUGGACAGGAAACAUUCUGCUUCCCGACCGGGAUCUCGAAUCUGAUGACCAAGUACCUGUUUUCGUGGUUGAUUGGGAGAUGUGUGAGUUGGGUGUGCGGCCUUUGGAUCUCGGGCAGAUGAUUGCAGAGAUGUACGAGCUCUUCCUGUACAAGGACAUUGCGGCAGCGUUGUGGCUGAUCGAGGGUUUCGCGACCGGCUAUGGGUUUGUGGAUGACGACUUUGCUUUCAGAGUCGCCGUCCAUACCGGCGCGCAUCUUGUCGGCUUUGGCACGAGUGUCCCAGGCUGGGGCAGCACUGAAGCCAUAGAGAGAGUCUUCGACACGGGUUCGAAGAUGAAAGCCGUCAAACGGCUCGAGGUGGCGUCCAAGGAAAUCCGUGCCGCGCCUACACAGACCAAGAAGGUCCUGGUCGGCCUGUCCUUUGGGGUGUCGUCGUCCUCGCUCGUGAAUGUCCUCGAUGAGAGCACCAAGAAUCAGCUGAAGAAGAGGCCCACCCCGGCCUACGACCCGGUGGUGGUACAUGUCGAUACGGAGAUGGGCGAUCAUACCUCGUCAUCGCCUUCAGAGGCCCAGAGGCUCCUGGACAAGUUCAGCGAGCGAUAUCCACGCUUCACAUUCCGGAGCUUACCGCUGGCCACCGCACUGGAUCUGGAUACUAUCGACUGGAGCGCCCUACCUGUCGCGCCGAGAAGCGGUGAGGAUGGUGAGAAGGGGCCAGGGGAACGGCUGCAUGACUUCUUCGCCCGCCUGCCCUCCACAACGUCCAGGGCCGACAUCAUGCGGUUGUUCGUGCGGCACAUCCUCAUAUCCGCAGCGCUGGCCGAGGGCUGCCACGCCUUGUUCCUGGGCUGCAGCACCACGGCCCUGGCGGCCCUCACCCUGGGGGAGACGGCAAAGGGGAGGGGUUUCACGCUCCCGUGGAUGACCAACGACGGGCCCCAGCCGAUCCACGCCUUCGCCGCCGUGCCAGGGAACAGCUCAAGCUCGGACAACGGAGCCGAGGCGACCGGGGAGGAGAUGGCCAAGCUACCGAUCUACUACCCCCUCCGCGAGGUGUUCCGGAACGAGCUCGUCGCGUACGCGGACCUCGUCUCCCCGCCGCUCACGGACCUUGUCCUGCCUUCCGACGCGGCCAGGCCCGGCUCCGCGGUCGUGUCGCACAGGGACGUCAGCAUAGACGACGUGAUGGCCCGGUACUUUGACGAGGUCGAGGCGAGCUACCCGUCCAUCGUGGCCAACGUGGUGCGGACGACGGCGAAGCUGGAACGCCUCGGAGAGAACGGGGAUGACAUAUCCUGCGGCCUAUGCGGGAUGGGGCUGGACGAGCUUGGGGACGAGAGGUGGAAGGGUGAGAUAGGAGACGCGGACGCAGGAGAGUACGGAAGAUUAUGCUACGGUUGCCAGCGGUCCAUGCGGAAUUGA